AUGAGCGUUGAUGCUAUUCCAGGGGAUAUUGUUCCACAGGAAGAACAACAGGAUCGUAGCCCAGAAAAUGAGAAGGAAGUAAGCCGCGAAAGUCGGUCUCGCUCGAAGUCUAAAUCACGUUCACGUUCGAAAUCACGCUCUCGAUCUCGUUCACGUGAUCGCAAGCGUUCACGCUCUCGCUCUCGCAGUAGAUCAAGGAGCCGUGAUCGUAGAAGACGCUCUCGUUCUCGCACUUAUUCCCCUGUGCGAAAAGAUCAUAACGGAAGAGCAGUAGUUAGUGGAAGAAUUCACGUUUCGGACUUCCCAGCCAGUUUGUCUAAAAGAGAAUUAGAAAGAGCCUUUGAGAGAUUUGGAAGAAUAGUUGAUCUUUGGAUGGCUACAUACCCACCCUACUAUGCGUUCAUUACGUAUAAACAUCCAGAUGAUGCCGAAAAGGCCAUAAAAAAGAUGAACGAUGACUACAUCUCAGGUCAUCGCGUUCGAGUUGCUCAUGCACUCCCAAAGCGUGAACCCCGAUCAUGGGGACGCGGAAGAUAUGGUGGUGGUCGAGGAGACUACGGAGGUGGCGGUGGCGGUUUCCGUCGUUAUGGUUGUUGUGUUUUGGAAAAUGUGAGGAUUUGGAAUCAAACUGAACAUUGGGGCUCUUGCAUUGGCGAAGCAAUAUCUUGA